AACCUGUCCCAUUGACCACGCGGACAGCGAUGUAGUUUUGAAAGAGCAAAACGUGAAGGAUGAUCUAAAUGGAUUAGUAGUGACUACACAGGCAACUAAGAUGACGCCUCGUAAAGUUGUAAUACCGAAAGUGCUAAAGAAUAUGGAAACUCACGAUUAUCUUUACGACCGCCUGUAUGACAGUGGUUGCCCUAUGGUGCCAACUCUAUGCAACGAGAAGUCAUGUCUGGGCAGCGUGAUGGCCAUCCCUGGCCGCGGGGAUGUGCCGAGAGUGCCAGAGGAAGUGCUCAGCGACGCCAAGGACUUCUUUGGCCAAUACUUUGCUUCCAUAAGAAGGGCAAACACUCCAGCCCACGAAGCGCGCUGGAACGCGGUCCAGGAGGAGGUAGCGAAGACCGGCACCUACCAGCUGACCACCACCGAGUUGGUGUUCGGUUGCAAGCUUGCCUGGAGGAACGCCAGCCGAUGCAUAGGCAGAAUACAAUGGUCUAAACUACAGGUAGCGAAGACCGGCACCUACCAGCUGAUCACCACCGAGUUGGUGUUCGGUUGCAAGCUUGCCUGGAGGAACGCCAGCCGGUGCAUAGGCAGGAUACAAUGGUCUAAACUUCAGGAGGUAGCGAAGACCGGCACCCAGCAGCUAACUACCACCAAGUUGGUGUUUGGUUGCAAGCUGGCAUGA